AUGGCGCUGUGUCUUGACCCACGAUUAUCAGCUUUAAUUUUUGACAAGCUUCAAGUGCCUGACUAUUUACAGAAGAACAGGAAUGAAGGAGAGAGCAGAUGCGAAACUUGUGCCACUCACUUGAAUCAGCUGAAGCAGGAAGCCAUUCAGAUGAUGCACACCCUCAGUCAAACCAACUAUCCAGAAAUGCCCGACCUCCUGCCUGGUGCCGGGGCAGUGACUGCCAUGGUACCCAGGAUGGUCACUGUCUCUUCCCAGAGAGACCUGCCGCUCAUCGCUGGGCAGGUGGGCAGGCAAACUGGAAAGUCAACGAAUCUCUUCUCUGGUGGAGAGAGGAAGAAGGGACUUGGAUGGUCUCAAGGUGCAGGCAGUUUUCCGAACUCCAGCGUUCAAGUCACGGUGGCUCCCGGAGGUCUCAGCGGCGCUUUGAGCUCUGUCACCAUCCAAGCUCAGCAGUACCUUGAGGGCAUGUGGAGUAUCUCCAGGGUGAACAGCUUCCUGCCUCAGGCUUGUCUAGCAGAAACAGCACCAGAAAGUGGCCGAGAUGGUCCCAAUGUUCAGAUCAACUCAGGGCAGAACAACUCGGACCCCACAGGAGCAGGUGGCUCGGCAGCCUCCCAGAACAUGGUUGCUCCAGCCGGGGUUGCUGCAGGUACCUCAGCUGCAGCUUCGUUCUUCAUAAGAGCAGCACAGAAGCUUAACCUGUCUUCGAAGAGAAAGAAAUACCAUGCGCCCCUGCCACACACACACGACUUCUCUAUUUAUGCUACUAACUUUAGUGGCAUCCUGCAGCUCUGUCCUCCCCCAGCACCACCAUGCCUUCUGAGAUCUGUGUCCAAAAUCAAGGACAACCCUGGCAUUGGAAAGGUGAAAGUGAUGGUAAGGAUUUGUCCCUCUCAAGGAGCACAUGAGACAUCCGAAUCCAUGUCCUUCCUAAAAGUAGACCCGAGAAAAAAGCAAAUCACAUUUUAUGAUCCAGCAGCAAGUGGGCCUUCCAAUGCAGGUCACAGAAGAGGUGUUGUUGCUGUCCCAAAGAUGUUUGCCUUUGAUGCAGUUUUCCCCCAGGAUGCUUCGCAGGCUGAGGUAUGCUCUGGAACAGUAGCAGAAGUAAUUCAGUCUGUUGUGAAUGGUGCAGAUGGUUGCAUAUUUUGCUUUGGUCAUGUCAAACUUGGAAAAUCUUUUACCAUGAUUGGGAAAGAUAACUCCACACAAAGCCUUGGUAUCAUCCCCUGUGCAAUUUCUUGGCUCUUCAAAUUAAUCAAUGAACGUAAAGAAAAAACCGGGACUCGUUUCUCUAUUAGAGUAUCUGCUGUGGAGAUCAGUGGCAAAGAUGAAAAUCUUAAGGAUUUGUUAGCUGAAGUAGCCACUGGCAGCCUUCAGGAUGGCCAGUCUCCUGGGGUUUAUCUGAGAGAAGAUCCAAUAUGUGGAACCCAGCUUCAAAACCAAAGUGAGCUAAGGGCGCCAACAGCAGAGAAAGCUGCCUUUUUCCUUGAUGCUGCAAUUGCUGCCAGAAGUACCAGUAAACCUGAAUGCGAGGAAGAAGACAGGAGGAAUUCGCAUAUGCUCUUUACUCUUCACAUAUACCAGUAUCGCAUGGAGAAGAGUGGCAAAGGAGGAAUGUCUGGAGGACGCAGCCGUUUACAUCUCAUUGAUUUAGGGAGCUGUGAAAAAGUGCUGAGCAAGAGCCGAGAUGGAGGAGGUUCUCUUUGUCUGUCUCUCUCUGCCCUGGGCAAUGUAAUUUUGGCCUUAAUUAAUGGUGCUAAGCAUGUGCCAUAUAAGGACAACAAGUUGACAAUGUUGUUGAGGGAAUCACUUGGGAACAUCAACUGCAGAACUACUAUGAUUGCACAUAUUUCUGACUCCCCAGCCAAUUAUGCAGAAACUCUCACCACCAUUCAGCUUGCAUCACGAAUCCACCGAAUGAGAAAGAAGAAAUCCAAGUAUGCAUCCAGCUCGUCUGGAGGAGAGAGUUCGUGUGAAGAAGGACAUGUCCGAAGACCUCCCCAUUUGCGACCAUUCCACCCACGAACUGUUGCCCUUGACCCUGACCUUCCGAUCCUGAGUAUAUCUAGUGAUCCUGAUUAUUCUUCCAGCAGUGAACAGUCUUGUGAUACUGUCAUCUAUGUUGGUCCCAAUGGGGCAGCUUUGUCUGACAGGGAAUUGACAGAUAAUGAAGGUCCUCCAGAGUUUGUUCCCAUAAUCCCAUCCUUAAACAAGAAGAGAAGUAAAGAUAAUUCUGCUCUUGGUAGGAGUUCUGAUAAGGACCAUUUUAAAUGCAACACUUUUGCUGAACUGCAAGAAAGGUUAGAGUGCAUUGAUGGAAGUGAGGAACCCAUCAAAUUUGCUUGUGGAGAAAUCUCUGCUGUGUCCAAUUGUAGUUCAGUCUCUGGAGGUACAGAAAAUGGACAGUCUAAGCUGGUAAAGGAAAAAGUGUCUUCUCCUUCUGCAGGAUUUAAGAAACUGGUUCCACGAGAAACUGCAUCUCCCCAAAAAGGACAUAACCUUCCUUUCCAGUCUGUUGCACCAAAGGGCAGCAAUGGCAGUUGUCAUGAAAAGAGCACACCUCAUUUGAAAACAGAACUUUCCAAGCUGCAGAGCAGAGCUGACAACAAAAUAAUAGACUUGAUACUGGAGGAAGAGAGAGAGACAAUCACAAAUUCCCUCCAGUCCUCAAGAUGUAGCCCUUUAAGGAAUCAGGACCAGAAUAAGGCUGCAGCUGAAUGUGUCGGUAAGGAAAAGUCCUUGUACAUGAAGAGACCCUUGCCAAGUCCAGCACCUCCACCUCCACAGCAGAAAGAGCAUGUACUGAGCUCUAAAGCUGAGAAUUUGGAACUGGACAAUAGUAAUGCAGUUCGGACUCCUCCUGUGGGAAUGAGCAAACAGGUGGGAAACAAACCUGAGCAAAAUCCCGUAGGAAGCACGUUCCUGGUUGGUAACAACGCCCAGAAUCAGUCAGGUGCGAUAGAGGUACACAGCUUCAGGUCAGCGUUCAGAGGGAAGUGUUUUGAUCGGGAUAUACUAACUACCACAGUGACUUUGCAGCAGCCUGUUGAGCUGAAUGGAGAGGAUGAGCUUGUUUUCACUGUGGUGGAAGAACUGUCCAUUAGCGGGAUUAUGGAUAAUGGAAGACCUUCCAGUAUCAUUAGCUUUAACAGUGACUGCUCCCUUCAGGCCCUUGCAUCGGGUUCGAGGCCAGUCAGUAUUAUCAGCAGCAUAAAUGAUGAGUUUGAUGCUUAUACCUCACAAGAGACUUCUACUGGUGUAAAUAUUGAUAUUGUUGUGCCCUUUGCUAAGGAUCCCUUUACCAGCAGCAGACGUUCCUCCAUCAGUUCGUGGCUUAGUGAAGUCAGCAUUUGUACAAUUGAAAGUGAUGGAGCCCAGUCUAGUGACAGUUUUGUUGCACAGUCGUCGUACAGCUGUAAUAAGUCCGAGGAACCCUUCAGCUUGGAUUCAUCCCAUUUAUCUGUCCCUCUGAAAAGCGCUCUGAAUGACAGUGGGUUUUGCUUCUCUGAACUGGAGAGUGAGAGCUUGAGUUCCAGCAAGGUGUCCUCAAGCAUCAGCAAAAGCCCCCAAACCUCUGAAACUACCAAAGCAUCUCAGAUAAAAAGUGCUUUUUGUGUCACUGAUCAGCCCGUAAAAAUAAAAUUUAGUAAUUCUUGUGAUGCACCUGUAAUAGAAACAAUACAUUCUAGUCUUCCUAGGAAAACAAAAACUACCUCGUCUCCAAUCCACAAUAAUAGUGUCCUCAGCUAUAAAGAGCUACAGAAUCCACAUGGUAUGUUUGAAGAUCCCUGGCUGUUGCGCACUGAUUAUCAGUUGGAAGCAAAACCUGCAGACUCACUGCUGUCUCCAAAAUCUCAGACAUUUGGUACUGAGAAGCAGCCAGAAAAAGCUGGCCAGUGUUUUGAUGCAGCAUCCACACCAACAAAGUCACAGACUAUGCUUACGUGUUCACAGAGAGUUGUGGAUGGUUGUGAAAUGGCCUGCAAAUCCUCCAGUGUAGCUGCGAAGAAGUCAGACGUGGUGAAGAUGCCACAGCUGAAGAGAGGAGCCACCACACUGGGAGUGAUGCCAGUGUCGCAUGCUAACAGUAGUGUGUCAGAGGCCAUGACCCGAGGGAAUUCAGAUGCUCACUUGGCCACUGGCAGCUUAAAAUUGUCGCUAGGAAAGAAGAGUGCACCACAGAAGUCAACCAUGUUGCCCAGGCCAGGCGGACCAACACCUCCAACACCCCCUGUACGCAAAUCGAGCCUGGAGCAGAAACCUGUUGGUUUGGGUAAUGGUGGGGGAAAAACCACUGGCCUGGACUUUACCAGAGCUGCCACACUGAAGGCUGAAGAUGAAGCAGAUUUGCGUUUGAAAGCUGGGUCUUAUUUCAGUGAAAGUUCCAGCAGCAAAAUGAACCUGAAGGGUGACCACUCUUUGCCCAAGAUGACGUCCAGCUUAAAGGCGAAGGUGUCAAAGAGUGAAGCCAUGCACCGUUAUGGGAGUCACAUGUCCCUGGAGAGAUGCGAUAGCCUGACGUCAGUUGGAUCCAAAGCAAGCGUAUCGAGGGAGAAUGGGAGCACCAGCGGCAGCCGGGCAGGGCGCUCCGUCCCCAGGCUGGGAGUCCCUCCUGUUCCCUCUGGUGUGGUUUUACCACCUACCUUCACUGCCACUGCAUCUGGUAAAAACAGCCAGGCAAAACCCACAGCUAACCAGAAGGUGCAAGCAAAUGGGAACAAAAACCGGGGCCUCUCUGCCAGUGGGUCCAAGUCUCUCAGUUCCUCUGUGAAGUCCCUGGCGCAACCCACAGGGAAGGGCUCGGGUGUGGCCUCUGGCGGAAAGGCGGCCCCCCGCUCCAUGCAGUCCUUCAGCAGCAAACCUGGCCGAGGGACCAUCAUGGGGACCAAGCAGGCCAUGAGGGCGGCCAACAGCCGUGUGAACGAGCUGGUGUCGGGCGGCUCUGCCAAGGUCGGCCACUUCCGAGGCUCCACCGAUUCAGACAGCGGCAAUGACAGCGGCAUUAACCUCAGUGACGAGAAGUCGCAAAUCCCGGUGCUGCCAUCUCCAUACAGCAAGAUAACAGCACCCCGUCGGCCUCAGCGGUACAGCAGCGGGCAUGGCAGUGGGAAAAGCAGCGCGCGCAGCGCCUCCUCGGCACAUGACUCUAUGAGCGAAAGCGGGAUGUCGUCACCGGGCCGGAUGAGGAGCCUCAAGUCCCCCAAAAAACGAUCAACAGGUCUCCAGCGUCGUAGACUGAUUCCUGCUCCAUUGCCAGAUGCUGCCUCACUAGGAAGAAAACCCAGCAUCACUGGCCAAUGGGUUGAUCUACCACCUUUGCCAGGAACUUUAAAAGAGCCAUUUGAAAUUAAAGUUUAUGAGAUUGAUGAUGUGGAACGAUUACAGCGACACAGACAAGAGGAAACUGAGGGGCUGAUGUAUUUCCAUACCAAGCUGAAGAUACUAGAAAGGCGCCAGCAGCGAAUUAGAGAAGUAAAGGCAAAGCAUGAAAUUUUGAAGGAAGAGUUGGAAGAGACAAAGUGCAGGUUGAUGAUGGAUCCAAAUAAGUGGAAAGAAGACUUUGAAGUGGAUCCUGAUCUCGAUAAGGAGUCACAGGAGUACUUGGAGGCACUGGAACAAGUGACAGAGGAACUGGAGCAAUGUGUUAAUCUGUGCAAGUCACAUAUCAUGAUAGUGACCUGUUUUGAUAUUGGAAUAACAGAUGCACAAGAUGGAGUAAGGGAAGUGGAGGUGUGAAGAGAGGUUUUUCAAGGGACUGAAGGAAGUGAAGCUGGAUCAUACGACAUGAAGAAAUAAAGAGAUAAAGUAGCUGGGAUGUGAAGGAGAAAGGGUGAAGAUUGAAAAGCAACAAUGAAUGUUGUAAGAGAACGAAACAGCUGAGAGAUGGGAAUGUUCAUAAAUCAUUUGGUGCCUCAGUGUGACCUGAACUGUACAAAGAUAAAACUAUAGGAUUGAGUAUUUCUUAUUCCAGAGGGAAGCAAAGAAAUUUAGUACAAGCUGUUAAUUAAAAAACAAACAAACAUACAAUGGAAGUGCCUUUAAAGUUCAUUUGAUUUUCAUUUUUGUAUUUGGUGCUAGAAUUAAAGCCAGCAAACCUAAGCAGAC